AUGUCCUGCCUCUCUUUCCUUCCAGGCUACGUGAACGAGCGCGGCGAAUUCACUUGCCGGGGCUGCGAUCGGGUGUCUACCCGGCUGCGUUCCAUGCAACAGCACCUGCUCUCGCACAGCGCAAGCAAAUUCAAUCUCUGCGUCCAGUGCCUGAAAGGCUUCAACGACAAGUACGACAUGAAGCGCCAUACGCGAAAACACACCUUUGUGAAGCCCUAUCGGUGUCCCGAAUGCAGUCGAAGCUUCACCCAACGCUGUUCCCUGGAGGGCCAUCGAAAGAAGAUCCACCAGGUGCAAUUGCACUACGCUCGCAACCAACGCCGAGAGUCGGUGCGGGUGUGCGAACGAUGUGGUUUCGCCUGCACCGAGUUGAGCGAAGUCCUCCAGCACACAGAGAGCCUCCACCCCGAGGAUCCGGGCCUGCCCCGUCUCCGACGUCAGGUGGCUCGUCAACAACAGCAGAAGGACCGCAGGGUUCCUCCUCAAACCUGA